AUGGAGCCAACACAGCCGCCUCCGAAAGCCGCGGUAGUGGCAGUGUUUCUGGUCUUCCUUCUCGCCGGUAGCACCGCGCACGGAGGGAUUCCCCGGGCUGUAACCAGAGAGCAAAUCUGCACAGUCAACGGAGCCUACGACCUAGAUGAUCCAAGACGGAUACAGUGCAAGGAUACAAUUGUUGGUACCUUGCGAAUCUCUAACAAAGAAAAGUUUUCUUUUAACGUGACUCAAGACACCAUCGACUCGAGGGACAAAAAGUACGCUGACGUCGGGAACGCCGGUUUCCUCGUAACGAUAACAAAAACUCCCGUAACAAUAUCGUUGCCUCUAGACUACAUCAAGGAUGUGCCAUUCGACUACAGAGAAGAAAUAUAUGAAUAUUCUCGGUGGGAGGCUGGACGGAGGCCCGACAAAUUCUGUUACGAGGACACCGUCGACAAAUGUUCUGAGGAUGGCAAGCUGGCAGCCCACCCGCAAGGAAAGCCCCUUUCUUGGGCCCAUGGGCGCUGUUGCUGGUGUAGUGAGGUGCUGGCAUUCACUCAUAUCAAUAAUAUGAAGAGAGGCAACUUCCGGUGCAACUGGUUUGCUCCUCCCCGCGCCUUGCAGCUGGUGACCCAGACCCUGUUCGACCGGUGCGAAGCCGGGAAAGAAGACGGCACAGUACCCCCUGACCGCGACUGCGAGCGAGAGAAGCACGAACGCGCCGGCCUCACAGACAGAAUAUAUACGCUGAACUAUACUACCCCAGAAGUCUUUGACCGUUCUGUCUACUGCAACAUCAAGUCUUGCUUGAAGCAUGCGAUGAUCUUGGACAAAGACUACGUCUCCGUGACUGGCUACGAAUGCGACAAAGUCGGCACAGGUCUCGAUCGGUGGGGAGAUAUGAGGGGUGAAUUUUGUCACUUGCUACCUGGGAGCUGCAUGAGCGGCCAGCUUCGGAAGUUCAAGGAAAUCGACAGGCUGCGAAUCGAGCAGAAUCUGGUGCCACUCUACGCUCUCAAGCGGGAAUUUGGUGGCUUCCCGCGGUAUGCGCCAGACCCGAUGAAUGUAACGAACCUGUCGUCCACGGGCACCCGACAUUACUUGGGUUACGAUUUUGGAGAGGAACACUUCUCAGACAUCCUGUUCGAGAUGGACGCCACAGAUAUUACCUGGCUGAGGGCAACAUCCCCUGGACAUAUCAGCUUUAUCGAAGUUCCUCAGCUAGAUAUUUGCUCUUCCAGCACUAUAGGUGGAUGCCCUCUGAAAUCCUACGUGUGGAACGCAGGGAACGAAGAUGCAAAUUUUGCCGUCGAGGUUCCAUUCUGCAUUGACUCCGAAUCAAAGGAGCGCACUAUCGAUGUGAACCCUAUAACUCCGGUGCGCUCGACGGUCCCGGCUAAUGAGAUGGUCGUCUUUACGCUCAAUUUCAAGACAAUCUCGUCAAGCGCUCUUCGCGUCACGUGCUUCAUGAAACUCUAUGACGCCCAGCAUCUUAUGCUUGACCAGCAGGCGUUCAAUGUGACUACAGCUGACGCCGAGGAGGACAAAGAUGGACUGUCGAACUUUGAGCGUUUCUUUGGCAUCCCUCCUAACCCCGCCGGAGGGACCCCCAUCUGCCCCUGCAGCUGGUAUAACGUCAUCUGCUUCCUUUUCAGAUUUCGAACGUGUUUUGCUGCGUUGAAGGCGACAAUUAUGACCAUUGUUGGAGUCGUCCUGGCCGGCAUCCUGCUUUUCUUUUUCGGUCCUAUCCUCUUCCCAUUCCUGCGUAUCGCCCUCAGCUGCUUCUGUGGUUUCGCCCGAAGCUUCAUCGCCCUUCUCGCGGUCUUCGUGCGGAAAUACUGCUCCUGCCUCGUGAAACUAUGCGGGAUGUCCGCCCGGUGUCUCCGUCGUUUCUGCCUAACAGUCUCCCGCUUUGCUCGUAGAAACUGCGGGAUGUUGAGCCGUGGCCUGCGCUCUGCUUGCGCAAGCCUAUCUCGUCUCCUGAACAAACUGUGUCGAAAAUGCGUCUCUGCAUGCGCGGAGUCCUUCGGUCGCCACUCACGUAAUUUGAAAAUGAAAAUGAACGCCCGCAAACGCCGGAGGAGUGGCAGCAGUCGAGUCAGACUAAAACUACCUACACUGAAGCAGAUAGGGAAACCCGCGACGCCCAAACUGCCGAAGAUACCGGCAUUCAGAAAGAGAGUGAAACGCGGUCCUGGACAGUCGUGCAACCUGAACAACGGCCUCGACGCAUCCGGGAACUCGACUAACCAGAAGAGGCUCAGUAACGCAGUUGCAAAGACUGCAGGGGGUAUCGCUGCUCUCGGCUUGCUCGCGCGGCAGAAAAGGAAGACGAAGAAAGAAGACCACACUGCAGCAGGGGCGCCGGCGAAAGAAGAACAACGGAAAAUCGAACAAGCCCCGGAGGAGUCUGUGCCUGCGGGACACCGAGGAGGCGCAAUGAGGCUGACGAAGAAGGAGAAGAGAGCUCUGCGCUAUGAAAGGAAAAAGCUGGAAUACCGACAGAAAGCUCACGCCGCGUCAGAGGUGCCAGGUCGUGAAAGACUCGAUAAUGGCAUCAGUGUGGUUAGCCGCUUCGCUGCGAACGAGCCGUCCUCAGGAGCUGCAAGAGUAAACCAUCAGCAGAAGAAGGAACGAAAAACGCUAGAACAAAACCGAAGCGGUAAGCCUGAAGAAACUCACGAGGAGUUGGAGGCGCUGGGCGCCCACGACUCGGACCCCAGGAAGCCACAAAAGCUUCUCUCGCACGAACAAACGCCGACAAACAGAAGAGCCCAUGAGGACGAUGAAAGUGGAUCUGAAAGUAGCAGAAAGACUCCGCCAGUUGGCGCGAUCAUGUUCGGAGUUCGGAGGAAAAAGAAAGGGGACAAGAAGGCCAAAACUAUCGAGGAGAGGCGCGAUGGCGAUGCCAACGAGGGCGAGGCGGGCGACGGAGGUGAGGCGCCUGGAGCAGACGUAGCACGUACCAAGGGAAAACACGAGAAACGCGCGCUGGAGAAGACGAAGAAAAGAACCAGAGACGGAGGGGAAACAGAUGACCAUGCAGCGAGGGAAGACAAAGGCCGACCAUAUAAUGAGGAAAACAGAGAGUCCCUGGCACCCACUCAUGCUCCGGGGGUUGCUGCUCUAAACGCAGCGCACUCAGAAGCCUUUGAUGAGCAUGACAUCGAGAGUAACUUCUCGACACUUCCAAGCGUCGACUCGGAGGUGCACAAUGAGACGAGAAUGCAGGGAACUAAUCCAGACUACUGCUCUUCCAUGCGGUAA